AUGAUGGUUCCAGGAUCGGCGAAACCCGCCGGCCCGUCGCUGCUGGCAUGUCUCCUCUGUCGACACAAACAUCUCAAAUGCGAUGGAAAAACACCAGUCUGCGGUCGCUGCCAAGUGACCGGGUCGGAAUGCCAGUAUACCAAAUCGCGACGAGGCUACAAGGGCCCGUCGAAAAAGCGACGCGCUGAACCACACACUCCUGAUCAACUCACCACCGAUCCCGCCCCCGGCAUGAUCGACCUCCCCGUCGACUGGUCGGCCUAUGGUAGCUACCAAUACGCGCCGUUCAUCGCCCAAUGCUCUCCCCAUGAUGGGGUUCAUGAAUUCCCCGAUCACGACGCUCCCACUCGUGCGAUGAAUGGUCCGAUGACUCCAGACUCUUCCUCGUCCUCCUUUUGUGGUGACGGCUACCUCCUUGAUAUCUAUUACACCUACUUCCACGCCGCUCACCCGAUCUUGCCGCCCUUGCGCUUCCUGUCUCGGGCCGUUCCGUGUCCCAUCUUCCUGGAGCAAGUCAUGAAAUUCAUUGCAGCGCACUUCACCCCGGCAGCCUCGCCGGAAAAGUAUCGCCCCGGUGUGGUCGCCCACGUGCGUGAGCAGAUGACCUCGAUCGAGAAAGUGCAGGCCAUGCUGUUGUUAGCCAUUGUCCUUCAUUCGCGGAAUGAGCGCGACGAGGCCAAAGACUGUCUCAACAUCGCGAUCGAUGCGGCGCUCGAGCUGGGCCUGAACCUAGCCUCGUUCGCCGACCGGGCCAGCAAUGGGGAUCCUCUCCGCGCAGAGUCCCUGCGGCGCACCUGGUGGGAGCUCUUUGCGAUUGAGGGCCUACUGACGGCGCUGGGGUUGCAGCAAGUCUAUCGCACUAAUCUGGUGGCCCCGGAGGUGCCACUGCCGUGCGAGGAGCGCAUCUACCAGGACGGACUGACGCCGCCGCCACCAUCCACAAUCGCCCAAUUCGAUGGACGGGUCUUUGCGGAUGAUGAGCGCGAUUUCUCUUCCUACGCGUACCGUAUCGAAGCGGUCCGAAUCCUGGCUCGCGUCGUCGCCACCCAGGAUAUGGUAGAGGGACAGCAGGACCACGUCGAGGCGAUUGACGCGCGGAUUGCCAGCUGGUUUCACCACCUUCCCGAGUCCAAGUCCGAGCUGAUGCGACCGGACGGGUCAGUGGAUGAGAUCAUGUUCCAGGCGACCAUGAUCGUGAAUGGGGCCUCCAUCUACCUCAACUUCCCCCGCUCCGAUCUGCUAUCGUCUCCCGCCGUGGCAUCGCAAGUGAUCUGUGGGCAUCACGGCCCGAUCAGUGUUCCGGCUUUCUCCCAUCACGCUCAUGCGAUGAAGGCGGUUAAGGCAGCCAGUGGCCUGUCCACCUUGGCUGCCCUUCGCCUGCCGGUGGAGCGACACACUCCCUUCUUCAUCUGCGCACUCACCCUGAGCUCCAUCGUCCAACUAGCGGCGUGUUCCGCCAAAGCCGGUCAGAUGCCGGAUCCGAGUCGAGAUCGCAUUGGUCUCACCAUUGGCGUGUUCAAAUCCUUGGCGCGGACCUGGGCCAUCUCCCAGUCAAUUAUGCGGCAGAUCAAGGCAGUGGCCCGGGACGUGAUGGAGAUAGGUGUGCGUCCGAGCAUGGACACGUUAGAUCUGACUUCGAUCCUCGAUGUGAAUGACCGAUUCUGGCUCCAAGACGGUCCCAGCUGA